ACAAUAUGCAUACAAUGCAUAUGCAUACAAUAUAUACAAAAGCCAAAAAAAGCCCUGCAGUGACACUCCAUUCCCGUCGGUGGCAGUAAUGUAUAGUUGUCUGCUUGGUUUGCCAAUCACUGUCCACGAGUUAAUUCUAUUUACCACUGGAGUUGUAUAAAAUACUGUUAUCAUCCGCGAUGUUGGUCAAGAAUGCUCGAAUUUGAGAAGAUAAACGCGGUUUCACGUCUUAUCCUACAUAAAUACCAGAUCAGCAGAUCUCCGUGAGCAACAGUGUGUGUGGAGUAGUGGACUUGCUUGAGGCUGUAGAAAACUUUGGAUGAGAUCAUACGGUGCGUUGGGAACAUGGAUCUCGGACUUUCGUUGAGUUCUGGCUGUAACGUCACUGAAACGCGACAGGUUGACCCGCCGAGCGUUAUGGUGAAAGAAGAAGAUAUAAAAGAGGAGGAGUAUGGUCAUAUGAUUUCAUGUCCAGAUGAAGAUGAAAAGCCCUUUGUAGAGCUUCACUGUAAAACUGAAACAGACGUCACAGAGUCCAAUGUUUACAAUGAAACAAAACAGACAACCGCGGAGAUCGAAGUGAAGAUUGAAGAUGAUGAACAAGAACACGAUUAUCUGCUGCAAAGUGUAUCAGAAUACGAUCCAGAUACAACACAACAGAAGAUCCAUGGACAGAACGAUGAACUCAACCUGCAACUGAAAAGAAGGCUGCACUACUGCACAGUCUGCAGGAGGAGUUUCACAACCCUGAGAGAACUCAAGAAACACCAGCAAACACACUCUGUUAGGGUGAAUGAAAAGCAGAGCACUAGCAGCAAAAGGCAGCAUAAAUGUUCCCAGUGUGGAAAAGCAUUCUCACAAGCUUCUCAUCUUAGUAGUCAUAUUGUAUCUCACACGGGAAAGAAGCCUCAUAAAUGCGUACAAUGUGGAAAAGCUUUUUCACAAGUUCCACAUCUAAAAACCCAUAUGCUAAUACACACUGGAGAGAAGCCUCAUAAAUGUACCCAGUGUAGAAAAGACUUUUCACAAAUUCAACAACUUAAAACCCAUUUGCGAGUACACACAGGUGAAAAGCCUCAUAAAUGUGCACAUUGUGAGAAAACAUUUUCUAAAUGCAUGUCACGUAACCGCCACAUACUUACACAUACUGGAGAGAAGCCUCAUAAAUGUGUAUUAUGUGGAAGAGCUUUUCUACGCAUUUCAAAUUUCAAAAAACACAUGUUAACACACACAGGAGAGAAGCCUCAUAAAUGUAAGCAGUGUGGAAAAGCUUAUCCACGCAUAUCGUCACUUGCCACCCACAUGAGAACGCACACUGGAGAGAGGCCUCAUAUAUGUACCCAGUGUGGAAAAGAUUUUUAUAUGAUUUCACAUCUUAAAUCCCAUAUGUUCAUACAUACUGGUGAGAAGCCUCAUAAAUGUGCGCAUUGUGAAAAAACAUUUUCUACAUGCACGUCGCGUAACCGCCACAUACUUACACACACUGGAGAGAAGCCUAAUGUAUGUACCCAGUGUGGAAAAGCUUUUUCACAAAUGACACAUCUUAAAACCCACAUGCUAAUACACACUGGAGAGAACCCACACAAAUGUGCCCAGUGUGAAAAAUCUUAUUCAUGCAUAUCGUCACUUAACACCCACAUGCGAAUACACACUGGAGAGAAGCCUCAUAAAUGUGCCCAGUGUGGAAAAGCUUUCACAAGAGCCACAUAUCUUAAGCAGCACAUGCUUAUACAUACUGGAGAAAAGCCUCAUAAAUGUAUCCUCUGUGAAAGAACUUUUUCACAUAUAGCAAAUCUUAAAACCCAUAUGUUGUUACACACUGGUGAGAAGCUUCAUAAAUGUAGCCAGUGCGAAAAAGUUUUUCUACGCAUUUCACAUCUUAAAACCCACAUGCUAAUACACACUGGCGAGAAGCCUCAUGUAUGUAUCCAGUGCGGAAAAGCUUUUGCACUAAUUCAAUAUCUUAAAACCCAUAUGCUAAUACACACUGGCAAUAAUAAGCCUCAUAAAUGUAUCCAGUGCGGAAAAGCUUUUGCUCGAAUUCCACAUCUUAAAACCCACAUGCUAAUACACACUGGAGAGAAGCCACAACUGUAACACGUCAGUCUGGAUGUAUGUAAAUAAUUCAGUGGAAAUGCAUGGAUUCCAGUUGCUGCUACUGGAAGAAACUGGAAUCCAUGCAUUUCCACUGAAUUAUUUUUGGAAUCUGAUCCCUUAUCAUACCUGUUCA